AUGGAAGUUGCUUCGCCGAAUAACGAUCACUUGAGUAAGCGUUGGAAUCAUUUGCGUAAAAUCCUCGAACGGUCUGGUCCAUUCUGCCAUCCUAACUUCGCCGCAUCGUCGGAAACUUUGGAAUUUUUGCUGAAUACUUGCAAAAUUCUCGUAAUUGGCGCUGGAGGGUUAGGGUGUGAACUAUUGAAAGAUCUGGCUUUAAUGGGGUUCCGUGAUAUUCACGUAAUCGAUAUGGAUACGAUCGAGCUCUCGAAUCUGAAUCGCCAGUUCUUAUUUCGGCGUGCGGAUAUCGGCAAAUCGAAGGCGCAAUGUGCAGCAGCUUUCAUUAAUGGACGCGUUCCGGGGUGUGUCGUUACACCGCACUUUUGCAAAAUUCAAGACUUUGAUUCAGCCUUCUAUCGGCAGUUUCAUAUCAUUGUGUGCGGAUUGGAUUCAAUUGUUGCGCGUCGGUGGAUCAAUGGUAUGCUGAUAUCGAUGCUAGAGUAUGAAGAAGAUGGUUCAGUGGAUGAGACCUCCAUAAUUCCUCUGAUUGAUGGUGGCACGGAGGGUUUCAAAGGAAAUGCACGUGUGAUUCUGCCGGGAAUGACGGCAUGCAUAGAUUGUACGCUGGAUCUGUUUCCUCCCCAGGUAAACUAUCCUCUUUGCACAAUCGCGAAUACGCCAAGAUUACCUGAGCACUGCAUAGAGUACGUGAAGAUUAUCCAAUGGCCCAAGGAAACUCCAUUCGGUGUAGACAUUGUCCUCGACGGUGAUGAUCCGCAACACGUCACUUGGGUGUACGAGAAGGCACAAGAAAGGGCAAAUAGCUUCAACAUAACAGGACUGUCGUAUCGUUUAGUGCAGGGUGUGCUGAAGAAUAUUAUACCGGCAGUGGCCAGCACCAAUGCUGUGAUUGCGGCGGCCUGUGCUACGGAAGUGUUCAAGCUUGCUUCGAGCUGUUGCGAACCGUUGAACAACUACAUGGUAUUCAACGAUGUGGACGGAAUCUACACCUAUACGUACGAGGCGGAAAAACGCUCGGACUGCUUGGCGUGUAGCCAAAUACCAAGACCAGUGGAGGUUAACGAUCCAAAUGGAAUGACUUUGCAGGAUCUGAUUCAGCACCUGUGUGACAAUCCGGAAUUUCAAAUGAAAAGCCCAGGAUUGACCGCGUUGCUGGACGGCAAAAACAAAACCCUGUACAUGGGGACGGUGAAGAGCAUUGAGGAAGCCACGAAGGGAAACUUAACACUCUCUCUCAACGAGCUUGGACUGAAGGAUGGCCAGGAAAUAAUGGUAGCCGAUAUAACAACACCGAAUACAAUCCUUAUUAAGCUCAAAUUUCAACCGAAUGAGGUGGAAAUGUCUUGA